ACUCCCACUUCACUUCUUUUUCAUCUCUGCUGUCUAAUAUAAUUGAAAAGGAAUAUCAAUCUUGAGUUUACCAAAAGAGUUUAAAUAAUAAAUCGCCUGGUGUAGAUAAGAUUGGCGAUUGAGUUGUUUGCUCUUCUUUUGCAUCUUCAAUUGAGCUUUCAGGUGUCACCACAAUUAAUAAAGCCCUCAUCUUUUUCUUGGCUUGAUUUAAGAUUCCAAGUGCUUUCUUUGAGAUGGGGUCUGAAGGGCCUGCUCCAGCAGUAACAAUCCAUGUGACAGGAUUUAAAAAAUUUCAUGGGGUUGCGGAAAAUCCAACUGAGACAAUUGUAAAUAAUCUCCAAGAUUUCAUGAAGAAAAGAGGUUUUCCGAAAGGGCUGAUCCUUGGUAGUUGCUCAAUUCUUGAAACGGCGGGACAAGGGGCUCUGGCUCCCUUAUACCAAACAUUGCAAUCAGCUGUGAUCAGGGAAGGCACCAUGUCGAAUUCUGGGAGAGUAAUAUGGGUACAUUUUGGUGUCAAUAGUGGCGCAACGAGGUUUGCUUUAGAACAUCAAGCAGUCAAUGAAGCUACAUUUCGUUGCCCUGAUGAGAUGGGAUGGAAGCCUCAGAAAAUCCCCAUUGUUCCCUCUGAUGGUGCGAUUUCACGAAUACGAGAGAGUUCCCUUCCUGUGGAGGAUAUUACCAAAGCAUUGGCAAAGAUGGGAUAUGAAGUGAUGACCUCAGAUGAUGCUGGCCGGUUUGUCUGCAAUUAUGUAUACUACCAUUCCUUGCGAUUCGCAGAGCAGAAUGGAAUUAAAUCACUAUUUGUACACGUUCCCCUCUUCUUGACUAUAGACAAGGAGACUCAAAUGCAGUUUGCUGCUUCCUUGAUGGAGGUACUUGCAUCUUUAUGCUAGAUCCUCUACUGUCUCAAAUAUCUACUUCUGCAACGACUUUUAUGUCCGUUUGUCACGUAUGUGAAGAUAAAUUUGAAUAUUUAUGCAGUGGUUUAAUAAAUUGUUUAACGGUUUCUGGGUAUCGACUGGAGUCGAGGUUUCA